AUGCUAUCGCGAAACAUUCUCCGAGCCCCCAUUGGAGCAGCUGUGCGCUCUGCAGCUCCUCGAGUCGCCGGCAGAGCUUCAGCAUUUCACACCGGCCGUCUUCUCAUGAACAAGAAGGAACCGACAGCAGCGCCUGGAUCCUUUGCCCGAACUGACGACUCCAUCACCGUCGAGUACCCCGAGGACCAUGAACUUCCCUCUAGCAAAUUCGUUCAGGGCCGCGGCGGUCAGCACAUGAAGCGAACCCUCGCUGCUUUUUCACUCGAGGGCAAGGUUGGCGUUGUCACUGGAGGUGCCAGAGGUCUCGGACUGGUAAUGGGCCAGGGCAUGGUCAUCUCGGGCGCCAACUUGGCCAUUGUCGAUAUGAACAAAGAUGAAGCCGAGAAGCAGGCUGCCGCCCUAGUUGAGACAUUCCGCAGGGAGAACCCAGGAUCAGCCCGUACACCCAAAGUCACUGCUCACUAUGCUGAUGUCUCCGACUCGGAUAGCGUCCAAGCUUGUAUUGAUGAUGUUGUAAGGGAGCACGGCAAGAUUGACCACCUGGUCACCAGCGCGGGUUUCACCGAGAACUACAAGGCUAUCGACUAUCCCAUUGAUCGCAUGCGCAAGCUGUGGAGCGUCAAUGUGGACGGAACCUACCUGUUCGCCACCGCCGUCGCCAGACACCUCAUGGAGCGCAAGUCUCCCGGAAGCAUGGUGUUUAUUGGAAGCAUGAGUGGAAGCAUUGUUAAUGUUCCCCAGCCCCAGGCACCUUACAACGGUGCGAAAGCAGCCGUUCGACACCUGGCUGCAUCCCUGGCGGUCGAGUGGGCCGAGGCUGGAAUCAGAGUCAACUGCAUCUCGCCUGGCUACAUGCUGACUGCUCUGACCGAGAAGAUUCUAGACGAUAACCCCGAUCUAAAGCGCCAGUGGACUUCUUUGAUCCCUCAAGGAAAGAUGGGCCAGCCUGUCGAUCUGAUGGGCCCAGUCACAUUCCUUCUUUCCGAUGCCUCGCAAUACGUCACUGGAGCAGACUUGCGUGUCGAUGGCGGUUACACCGUCACCUAG